UGCUCUCUAUGUGCACCUCUCGGGGCGGGGUCCCGGAUGCCAACCUAUCACUUGAUGCAGGUGCAGCACCUUGCAUUGCAUAAGUAGUCAUUGCAUUCGUUGCUUCUGACAAGAGCGACAAGUCCAGCCGGACUCAUUUUCACCGCAUAUACGUGCUCAACUUGGCCUUUACAAGAUUGUCAUCUCAGAAAGCACACACAACCACGAUCUUCUCAUACCAACCCCCAGCCAAAAUGACAAACCCCCUCCCCAAAAGAAUAGACGUCCACUCUCACUUCCUCCCCCCCUUCUACCGCACCGCCCUCGCCGAAAACGGACACUCCCAUCCAGACGGCAUGCCCGCCAUCCCCUCCUGGUCUCUGUCCCAACACCUUGAAAUGAUGGAAACAGCCAACGUCUCCAAAUCAAUUCUCUCUAUCUCCAGCCCAGGGACAAACAUCAAUCUGCGCAAUCCGGGAUUGGCAAUCAAUUUAACACGGCAAUGCAACGCCUAUGCCUCAUCUCUUAAGCAGCAACAUCCCGAGAAGUUUGGUGUUUGGGCUGCACUGCCACUACCAGAUGUUGAGGCGAGUUUGAACGAGAUAGGGAAAUGCGUUGAAGAAGGUGUUGAGGGCUUUGGCUUACUGACGAAUUACCAUGGGGUUUAUGUGGGAGAUGGAACGAUGGACGCUGUGUUUGAUAAGCUGAACGAAAUUGGCGCCACGAUUUUCAUUCAUCCCGCCCAACCUUGUAUCAGAAACGGUGGCGGGAAUGCCACUGCCGGCGAACCGGUUCGGACGACAGACGCGCUCCCAUUCGGUGAACAAUACCCCGUCCCGAUGUUUGAGUUCUUCUUCGACACUGCGAGGGCGGUUAUCAAUCUCUUCAGCACGGGGACAGUGGACCGGUGUCCGAACGUCAAGUUUGUUAUUCCGCAUUCUGGCGGUGCUUUACCGCCGCUUAUGACGCGGUUUAUCCAGUUUACCAGCGUGGUGCCGGGUGGGAGGGUGUUGAAUGCUUCAACGGUGCGGAAGCAGCUUGAUGGGCAGUUCUACUUUGAUCUCGCAGGAUUCGUGUUCGAUGGAGAGAGUGGGGGGCAGGGGCAGUUGAAGGCGUUUGUUGAAGGGUUUGAGAUCUCGCAUGAGAGGUUGUUGUAUGGGAGUGAUUUUCCUUUUACGCAGACACAGUUUGUGAAGGCGUUUGCGGACAGGAUGAAGGAUGGAUUGGAAAGUUUGUUUGGAGAGAAGGAGAGAGACGCAGUUUAUCAGGGCAAUGCGUUUAAACUGCUGGAAAAAGGAAAGAGCAAGAUGUGAAAAGGUGGGUAAAAUGUGUAUAUGAAUGGUCUACUGGAUGUGCCGCAAUGGCUGUCUAUAUGUACUUGUACGGGUUCAUAAUGCCGUUCU